GACAGCCCUGCAACGCUGUAUGUACCUUGGCAACAGCUUGUUUCCGCGAUGACGUUUGUUUAUGGACCGACGACAAACAAGUGGACGAGUUUGCUAGCAUCGGCUCGUAAACAACAAUAGCGAUAAACAAAAUUUUAGUGUAAAUUAAGAAGAAAUUGUUCCCAACCGCCCGCGAUGGACAUGAAGGAUGAGGAAUAUCCUUCCACAGCGGCGUUCGAGCCGGAGUGGUGCCGGGUCUGCGUGUCCGAGCCGGAGGCAAUACACGGCAUGGACGAGAUGAUAGACGCCGACCAUUCGGUAAGCCUUAACAUGAUGCUGGAGGCAAUGUUUCCCAUGUUUGCCAGUCCGGAAGGGAAAGAUUCACCCACCACCCAGCAACACUUGCCAACGAAAGCGUGCGAUAGCUGCAAGCACAAGAUCAUGAUCGCGUACGGGCUGUACCUGCUGCUGAUAGAGAGCGAAGAGCGGCUGCAGCGCUAUCUAGGGGAAGCUCCACGGUCCUGCACGGACGAUGAGAAGGCGGAACAAUCCUGUGCACCGUACGAGGUGCUGAUCGAGUGUAGCUUUGACGAUGGCGAGACAGCACUGUCGAGGGAGGAGGAACCACCCGCCUUGCGGCCGUUGGAAGCGUUGGACGAGGAAAGUGUACCGCGGAAAAGAGGCAGACCACGAACCCGGCCAUUACCACAGACCACCACCGUGCUCGUGGAGGAGGACAAGCGACCGAAGCGAAUGAGUAAACAGGACCGGACCAACGAGAGCGUCACGGAAGAGGAGCAAAUGGUGCUGGAAGAAGAUAUCGUUCUGCUGGAUGAAUCCACGGGAGAACAAACCUCCCAACCAGUGGCAAAGAAACGGGGUCGAAAGCCCAAAGUUCGGGCAGAUAGUACCGAUCAGCUGGAUGAAUCCACCACGGAACAAACAAUCGAACCACCGGUGGCAAAGAAACGGGGUCGAAAGCCCAAAGUUCGGGCAGAAAGCACCGAUCAGCUGGAUGAUUCCACGGCGGAACAAACCGUCGAACCACCGGUGGCAAAGAAACGGGGUCGGAAGCCCAAAAUUAAACCCGAACCAGCCGAAGGCGACGAAAGCAGCACGGAAGGCAGGAAGGAACGGAAGCAAAGCGCAACGAUCAAGGUGGAAGCGGCCGAAUAUUUGUCGGAUCAGGGUGGCAGUGGCGUUGAGCUAGAGUCUAAGGUGGACGUGUACAAAUGUCAGCUGUGCGAGGGGCCAACGUAUGGGUCGCCCAUCGAGCUGACCGAUCACCUGAAGGCGGAACAUCCGGACCUGAUACGCACGUGCGACAAGUGUCCGAAGGUGUUCAUGACGGAGGCGGCGUACCAGCAUCACCAGUACUGCCAUGCGACGCUACGCUCCUACUUCUGCAUGUUCUGCGACAAGGGUUUCCAGACGGAGAAUCUGCUGAAAAGCCAUACCAAGUCGCACACGGAGAUGGCCGAGUUUUUGUGCUCGCUGUGCGGGAAGAAGUUCAACAACAAGAGCAACUUGCGGCAGCAUCUGGUGCGCCACACGGGCGUGAAACCGUGGGCCUGUACUCAGUGUCCGAGCCGGUUCUGUACGAAGGGUGCAUUAAACUUACACCAGAGAACACACUCGAAGCUAAGACCGUUCAGUUGCGAUAUUUGUGGCUCACAGUUCCACACACGAUACUCCCUGAUCAAGCACCAGCUAAUCCAUACAGGUGAACGUCCGUACAGUUGCGAUCUCUGCCCCAUGAGAUUCGUCUCGACCUACCACGUGAAACGGCACAUGCUAACGCACACCGGUGAAAAGCCAUUCAAAUGCACGUACUGUGAGCGCAGCUUCGCGCAAAGCAACGACAUGGUGAAGCACAUGAAAACGCACGUGGGCGAAAACCCGUACCAGUGCGAUCGGUGUGAAGCAUCGUUCCGGCUGCUCACCGAUCUGCGCAACCACUACAAGGAGACAUGCACGCCGGUCGAUAAAGGGGCCGGUUCGUCCGCGGACGAGGGGAAAGCGAUACGAUUCACAAGCACAAGCAUUUUGAAGAUGCGAUACGAGAAGGAGAUGGGCCAGUACAGCGAGCAGCGGUACGAGGAAAGCGCUGGCCAGCGGAAGGUUAUGGCAGAGGCGACCGAGUUUCCUGCAAUGGAGUCCGCGAUGGACGUGGACGUGGUAUGGCCAUCGACCGACGCAACGGCGUGCUGCCGCAUCUGCGUGCUGGAGACGGAGGCGGCGGACGCGUGCCGCAUGCACGAACCGCUGGAGGAAAAUGGGUCCCAGAGCCUGCAGAUCGUGCUGGAGAAGCUGUUCCCGGGCGUGUUCAACGAGGAGCAGGUGCAGCACGACUACACCAUGAACUGGCCGAUGGUGGUGUGCCGGGAGUGCAAGCGCAAGGUGCAGGAAGCGCACGAGCUGUACGAAACCUGUCUCGAUAGCCGCGGUCGGCUGCAGAAACGUUCCGCCAAGGAGGAAAUGCACGCAGACGAAGCGAUCGUACCGGUGGACUGUGUGGUGGACGAGCAGGCGCAAGAGUUCCUGGAGUGCGAUCUCAUCCCGGAAACGGAGCUCGAGCCGGAGCUCGAACCACUGCCCGCCUCAUCGCGCCGACGUACGGCGAAGGCGCGCAAAAGCGAACCCGCACCGAGGGGUUCGCGGACGAAGAAAGCGUACACCGCACCUGCGGAGGUAACGGAAAUCAAGAAGGAGCUGGAGGACCCACAGGAGCAACUACAGGAGGAGCAGCAGCCGGAGGUGGAAGUGCUCGAAGAGGAGGAGUUAGAGUUUGCCGAGGAAAGCAACAGCGCAGAGCCGGAAUGGAAACCACCGUCGUCCGCCGGAAGAGGCAAGAAAGCGAGAGGCGCACCGAAAGCGAAGCCGACCGACGAGAAGGUGCCGAAGGAAAGGAAGAAGCGCGAGCGUAAGCCAAAGGUCGAGCCGGGCGCGGAGGGAAAGCUCGAAUCCAAAACGGAGCUGUACCGGUGCCAGCUGUGCUCGGGGCCAACGUACGAGACGCCCGGCGAGUUGACGGAGCAUCUGAAGGCGGAACAUCCUGCCCAGAUACGGCCGUGCGACAAGUGCCCGAAGGUGUUCGUCAGCGAGCAGACGUUCCAGCACCACCAGUACUGUCACGCGACCGGCCGGUCCUUCUUCUGCGACUUCUGCGACAAGGGAUUCCAGACGGAGGGGCUGCUGACGAGCCACACCAAGUCGCACACGCGCGGUCCCAAGUUCCUGUGCUCGUACUGCGGCAAGGGGUUCACCACCAAGAGCAGCCUGCAGAAGCAUAUGAUAUUCCAUACGGACAGCAAAUCGUGGCCGUGCCGUCUGUGCCCCUGUCGGUUCAAUACGAAAGCCUGCCUGCACGUGCAUAUGCGUACGCACACAAAAACGAAGAUCUAUACCUGCCCGAUCUGUGGCUCGCAGUUUAACAAACACUACUCGAUGGUGAAGCAUCAGAUCAUUCACACAGGAGAACGCCCAUUUGUCUGUGAGCUUUGUCCCAUGAGGUUUGUCUCGCCGUACCACGUGAAACGGCACAUGCUAACGCACACCGGGGAAAAGCCGUACAAAUGUACGUACUGUGAGCGCAGCUUCGCGCAAAGCAACGUGCUGGUGAAGCACAUGAAAACGCACGUCGGCGACCAUCCGUACCAGUGCGAUCGGUGUGACGCGUCCUUCCGGCUGCUGAAGGACCUGCGCAACCACUACCAGGAGCACUACGUGGAGAGCGAAAACGGUAUCGGGCCGUCGCCGGUCGUGGACGAUAAGGAUAUACGCUUUACCAGCACGGAAAUCUUGAAGCUGCGAUACCAAAAAGAGAUGGGCCAGUACAGCCAAAAGUAUGAGGGCAGCGGUGGUGACGAUUGAGCAGGGCGGAGCAGGUCUGUAGCAGUGUACACGGGUGUGUAACAAUGUGGGGGAAUUGGGGAUAUAGCAUAUACGCAGUCGCGGUACUAGUUUGCGGUUUACGAAGCUUACACUUACACUAACCACAUACUUUUAGGAGAAUAAAUACGAUACAACUUGA